AUGUUAAUUCCUUACAUAAGUCAUGAUAUCUUAUCGGACAUCCUGAUUCGGUUGCCUGUAAAGUCAAUUGCACGAUUCAGGUGUGUAAACAAUGAGUGGCACAUUUUAUUGAAAAGCUCUAAAUUUCUUAAAACACAAUACCAGCAUGCUGUUGAAAUUGGCAAAUUUAGUCUCAUACUUCGCAGUUAUAGCAAUAUAGAUACCUUAAGUUAUGAUCCAUUAUCAUUUACAUGUGAGGAAUCUAGUCAUGUCAUUUGCCCAACUGAAUCUCUCGAGAUGGGAAUUGAGUUUCUUGGAUGUUGUAAUGGCUUAGCUUUGUUAAGGCAUAUUAGUAAGUCCCAGUCAUGUGUUCUUAUGCUGUGGAACCCAUGUACCAAUGAAUGUAAGAGAGUACCAAACCCACCUGGUGCAUCAAAAGAUCAAGACAGGAUUUAUGUGGAAUAUGGAUUUGGCUAUGAUUACCAAAUUCAAGAUUUUAAAGUGGUACGUCUGGCGGAGUCUCUUGAGAAAAGUUGGUGUAAGGUUCAUGUCUAUACCCUUAAAUUAAAUUCAUGGAGAGGAAUUGAUGGCGUCGAGAUGGAUGACUUUGAUGAUGCAGGAAUGUUUGAUAUGGCUCGCUUGCCUGUAAAUGGGUCUCUUCAUUGGAUAGUAUAUGCAGAAGGAAGUGAAUUCAAAAAUGACCAUUUUAUUCUUUGUUUUGAUAUUGAGAAAGAGGAGUUCGAUAAGAGGCCACUGCCUAUCCUUGAAGUAGAUGCCGAACCAUUUUUGUGCGUCUUGGGAGAGUCACUUACCUUAUCGUCUUAUGAUUCUGAGGUUGUAAGUGUGUGGGAGUUGAAGGACAAUGGUGUGAAGAAAUCAUGGGCCAAAUUCGUCACCAUUGAGCUAGAAAAACAUUUUGGGGUAGUUAACAAUUUUAUACCCGUGCAGUCGUUAAAGAAUGGGAAAAUUUUGUUGGGGUUAGACCUGGAUGAUAAUUGUUUGCAUAUGGUUAUAUAUGACCCAAACCAGGACACCAUUCUGGAUAUCCAUGAGGAUUCAAUGGCUUCCUCUCGCAGUGUAGCUGUCUAUGUGGAGAGCCUAAUUUCGCUGGAAACAGGUUCUUAUCUUGGGCCAGCACAAUGGGAAACUUCACACAAAGAGGACGAGGACGACUCUAAAGAAGAUGAUGAAGAGGAGGAGGAGGAGGAUGGUGAUGAUGGUACUGAAGACGGUGAGAGUCUUGGUGACGAAGAAGAAGAUACUGAGAGCAAAGAGAAGAUAAACAAGUCAACGUGAGGAUGUUAUGCGCUGUUUUCAUAGAUGUUUAAUAAAUAUGUUAAUUUGGAGUAAUUCAUGUCUUGUCCUUCCUUUCCAGUUUCCUGUAUUUUAUUGGGUGUUUUCUCUGUUAAAAAUGAAAUCACUUUGUAAUCUUAUUUUAAUCUGUUGCACAGUCUGCAAUUGCAAGUCUUGCUAAUUUGCAUAGACAUCCGAUCAUGUAUGACUAUUA